CUUUGUCACUGUGACGGGCAUUUUUUUUGUCCCAUAUAUGUGGGAAUCUCUCUACCAUUUCGAUCAAAUCACUUUCAUCUGAAGACAUUUUCUUUUAUUUUAUUACUCUUUAUAUCUUUUAUUAUAAUUAUUUUUGUUGUUAUCACAACAUAACCUAUAUAAAUUAUGAACACACAACACAGAUCACAGAAUAUGAGAAUAGAGAAAAUAUUCGAUUGUCAAUAAUGCCAUGCACAAACUGAGCAUGCGCACUGACGUCGUGGUCUUCUUCCUAAGAAUGAAAGUUGAAAAUUGGAACUCUCAAGGUCACGUUUUUAGGACUGAGACUUGAGACUACGACAAAUAUUGUUGUAUAAAUGCUCUUAUGCGAAUGUGUAGAAUCAACUUUGUUUAAAGACUAAAAUUAGAACAAAGACUGAAUAGACAUCCUGUGAGAUAUUAAUAAAUUGUCCAAUGAUGAAAAAAGAAGGGCAAAUUGUUCUAAAUGUGAUCCAGAAGACAGGCGGAAAAGAUGUUGAAAUUAGUCAUAUAUACUGUUAAUUCUUCUUGUUCUUGUGCAAUAUGCAUUAGCCUAGGGAAGAUGUCAGCAGAGAUAAUAUGGCCAGUAAAACUUUUGAUAUGAUGACUUGAUGACAUUGAUUAUAAAUGAAGUAAGGGCUAUCAAGAAUCGUGAUCAAGAACAAAUAAUGACAAUGAGAUCAUGAGAUGAGGUGCUAGGCCAUGUCCCAUAAAUUAUAUCCUGGUGCCAUCAUGCAUAACAUACAUCAUGAUUUCAUAUUCAUUGCCAAGAACCAAGAACCUGUUUGUCAUUGCUCCAUACCUUGUAUCUGGAAAAACCCAAAUUUGAUUGAGAUGUAAUCACUGAACUUUAACCCUACGGGUUAUAGUUCAGUGGAUGUAAUUGAGUAUACUACACAAUAAUGUUGGUUAUGCUAGACAUUACUAGAAGUCCAAUACUACUUAUCCUGAAAAUGGAAUACAAAACAUCCCUCUUCAUCUUAUUGUUGCUGUCAUGUCUAUUUCUAUAUGUGUCUCCAGUGCGAAUUCCCCAGAAUCCUUGCCCCAGGAUAUUCUCAUACUACAAAGAUGCAAAAGGGCUAUUAUAUGGAGAAACUAAUAUCCCAUAUGAUAAAGCUACUUUCAUGACACUGAGCAUUAAUGCAUCCCUAGCUGGAAGAUUCAGUAACAAAGUGGAAUUGAAGGUACAACUAAAAACUGCCUUGAAACAACUCAUGGCCAAUGUUAGUACAGUGACUUACAAUAUUUUCUUUCCAUCCCAGGAGAUUAUUCCCAAAAUAACACAAAUAACAUACAAUGGAAAUGUUUUCUGUCAAGGACCACCUGAACCAUUGAUCCCAGGUACACAAGGUAUAACAAAUCUAUGGUAUUCAACAAUGUUCCAAUUCACCAGAAUACCGGAGUGGAAUCUGAUCCAGGAAUAUCAAGAUCCUGGAAUUCCAGAAUCUGAAAUACCUGUGAAGGACCCGGACGAUAACAUCUUAGAUGCGAGAAUACCGGUAGUCCAGAAAAUGCCUACUGAUACAUCAGAAGAAAAUAAUGUCAGUUAUGGAAAAUAUCCAUCAAUGUCUUCAUUGUCUACCCCAACACCACAGGAGGUUGUCAGUCAAUUGCCUACUGUAGUGUCAAGUACUUCAGAAGUUGAAAAACUAAGUUAUAAAUGUGGAAUUCCAAAACCUUCAAUAAGACCCCUCAUUCUUGGAGGUACCGAUUCUGCAGUCGGUCAGUUUCCCUGGCUAGUAGCACUAAUGUCAAAAAAUUACUCAUCUGAUAAAUAUGAGUACAAGUGUUCUGCCACCCUUAUAUCCCACAAGCAUGUGGUAACUGCUGGCAGAUGUGUGCAAUAUUACAGAAUCCAAGUGCUCAAAAUCCAGGAUAUGUUGCUGGUAAUGGGAACCAAUGAUAUAAUGAACUGGGAGGCAAAUGGUGCAGUGUCACGUAGAGUUAUCAAAGUUAAUACCCAUCCUGAUUUUAUGAGAAAUCCAAAUUCUGCACAUGCUGACAUUUCUGUAGUGACUAUGGGUAACCAAGUAAGUUUUUCUGACUUUCUCAUUCCUGUUUGUUUGUGGAUGGAAGACACAGAUUUGUAUCCCGUAACCAACAAAGUUGGUACCGUAGCAGGAUAUGGCCAAGACGAGAUAGCAAGAAAAAAUGGUGCUCUGCAUGUAUCCCAUGCCAUGUAUGCCGAUAUGAAAAUUGUUUCCCAAUAUGAUUGCAUACUUUCAGAGAUUGGCUUGUUACAGAUCACUUCUGAUAAAACUUUCUGUGCAGAUGGGGCAAGCAAGGGCCCUUGUAUAGGAGAUAGUGGAUCAGGGUUUGUACUUCAUUCAAAUGGAGUGUACCAACUUCGAGGAAUAUCAUCCUAUGCUGUGACACGAAAUGGAACAUGUGAUUUUGAGAACAAAUAUGCAGUUUUUUGUGAUGUAGCCAAAUUUUCAAAAUGGGUAGAGUCUUGUAUGCAAAACUAAAUGUAUUAUUUACUAUGAAGGUUUUGCAAUUUCAUUAUAGGAACCUGCAAAACUGAUCUGAUUCAAGAAUAAAAUAGAAUUA